GCUAUACAGGUCGGGACGAGAGCGUAAGGCCCAAAAGCCUUGUAUGCCCGGCCUGCAUGCCUGCGAAAAGGAGGACGGUGAUGAAGCUCACCUGGAGGAGUUGAGUCUGAGCAAGGAGGGGCCAGAACCAGAGGACACUGUCCAGGACAACCCAGGGGCCGCAGGGGCUGAGGAGGAACAGGAGGAGCUUCCUGGGUCUGCAAGUCCUGCCGUGUGGCAACCUCUACGUACCCAGAAGAGAUUCCAGUCAGACACCCGCCCCACUGUCCUAAGGAGCUGCUUCCUGUUGCCAGCAUGGCCUAGUCUUGCCUCUUUGACGCCCCUAGCUGCCACACUGUUUUGCUCCUGGAUCCUUUCGCCUCCCUGCCCUUCCAUUCUCUGA